AUGGAUUCCUGUUUUCGCGCACUUUGUAUGACUUUUGUCCUGGCAUCGUUCAGCCGGAGGUCAGGUGCGAGCGGACCGGUGAUCAGAUGCGAGCCGUGUGACGUUGGAGCGCGGCUUUUGUGCAAACCUUUACCCAAAGACUGCGCCGAGAAAGUCCGCGAACCGGGCUGCGGCUGCUGCAUGACCUGCGCGCUGAGCUUCGGGCAGCCGUGCGGCGUGUACACAGGGAGAUGUGGCUCCGGGCUGACAUGUCAACAUCAGCCCGGUGAAACGAAACCUCUGCAGGCUCUGCUGGAGGGACGGGGGAUCUGUGCAAACGCAACUACCAAGAGACUAACCGUCAGACCGACACCUCCGGUCAAUGAACUGCCAGAGAACGCUGUGGCUCUAGACGAGGAGCGGAAUUCCACCGGCUCAGGUGCUCAGACCUCGUACAGCACCCACAGACCCACUGGACCGCUCAGGCCUCCUCUUCACCCCUUCUUCCCCUCUGCCAAGUCCGAGGUCCUCAGACGGGAGCAGCAGAAGAGAACCCAGAGCUUUAAAAUGGAGGAUCUCCCGGGACCACUCAUCACAGACCAGCAAAACUUCUCUCUAGAAACCAAACAGGAGCCUGAGUAUGGCCCCUGUCGAAGAGAGAUCGAGAGCAUUCUCAGCAACCUCAAGAUUACCAACAUCCUCAACCCCAGAGGUUUCCGCAUUCCAAACUGUGACAAGAAGGGCUUCUAUAAGAAAAAGCAGUGCCGUCCAUCCAAAGGCAGAAAGCGAGGCUUCUGUUGGUGUGUGGACAAAUACGGGCAGCCUCUGCCAGGUUUUGAUGGGAAGGAGCGAGGAGACGCCCAGUACUACAACUCUGAGAGCCAAUAG